AAGUUUUCGAUUAAAGAAUCAAAUUUGAUCGUUAAAUCAGCUUUGGAUCGAUUCAAGUCAUCCAACUGUCAAUUGGAUGCUUUGCUAGCCUUUCAACUAAUACUGUCGGCCACUUAUUUUGUUGGUUCUGUUGGACUCGACUUAGAGAAGAAUAUGGAUGACAGCGAAGAGUUUUUAUUGGCAAUGGAGAAGUUGGCCGUCAUUUUCGAGAGACUCAAGACUUGUCUGUCAUACGAAGCCCAACAAAUAUGUAAUGUUUUGCCGCAUUUUUUGUGUGAAUUUUUCCCGACUCAAGAUAUCCUCAAUAAAUGCAUCGGGGAAUUCCUGUCCGGACAGCAAACUCAAGCCAAACAUUUGGCUAAUAUUCUAUAUGUGGUUUUUAACAAAUUACAAACAGAAUCGCGUUUAGAUAUAGUACACGACUGGGUCAUUCUAUCCCUGUCCAGCUUUACUCAACUCAGCCCUAUAGGUGCGGCCAUU